AAAGUACGUUUUAGAUUUGUUACAAAGUUAACACUCAAGACUCGCUCAAAAAUAUAAAUAGAUAAUCUUGUCAGUUGAACGAAAACAUGUUUGUUUUCAUGUGAUAAGAUCCGAGAUAAUUUUUAUAAUACAAUUUAGUGAUUUUUGAUCCUUUUAUAAAGUAGAUACACUGUGCUGUACAAAAUGGUUCAUCGUAAAAGAGUGUUUGAUUUACUGAGAACAAUCAACGUUGCGUCAUGCCAGUGUCCAGCUCAUGGAAAUCGCGGCAACAUUCAAGUUUCGAAUGCUACUCCACAGAAAGAUUAUGCUUUUGAAAUAAAAUGCUCAACAGUGAGAUAUGGAUUGGGGGUGACUCGGGAGGUUGGCCAGGACCUGGUCAACAUGAAUACAAAGAAUGUAUGUGUGAUGACAGACCCUAAUGUUGUCAAAUUGGACCCUGUGAAGGCUACACUAGACUCGCUCACUAGGAACGGAGUCAAUUAUAAAGUGUAUGACAAGGUCCGAGUAGAGCCUACAGACACAAGUUUCAAAGAUGCUAUAGCAUUUGCAAAGGAGAACAACUUUGAUAGUUUUGUGGCGGUUGGAGGUGGUUCCGUGAUGGAUACAUGUAAAGCAGCUAAUCUGUACUCUUCCGACCCUGAUGCUGAUUUCCUAGACUAUGUCAAUGCUCCAGUGGGGAAAGGAAAACCCAUCAAUGUUCAGUUGAAGCCUAUGAUUGCUAUUCCAACAACUAGUGGUACAGGCAGCGAGACGACUGGCGUCAGUAUCUUCGACUACGAGUCCAUACACGCCAAGACUGGCAUAUCACACGGCGCUCUGCGACCUGUGCUUGCCAUGAUCGAUCCUCUACACACCCUUACCAUGCCUGAGAAGGUAUCCAACUACUCAGGUUUCGACAUAUUCUGCCACGCGCUGGAGAGCUUCACAGCAAUUCCGUACAAUGAGAGGUCACCAGCACCACCAAACCCGGCGCUAAGGCCAACGUAUCAGGGCAGCAACCCCAUAUCCGAUGUGUGGGCGAGAUUCUGCUUACAGACCCUUCAAAAAUACUUUACGCGCUCGGUGUACAACUCGGAUGACUUGGAGGCACGGUCGUGCAUGCAUCUUGCGGCCACGAUGGCUGGUGUGGGCAUCGGCAACGCCGGGGUACAUCUGUGCCAUGGGCUCGCGUACCCUAUUGCAGGGAACGUCAAGUCUUUCGUUCCCAACGAUUAUGGUGCAGAUCCAAUAAUCCCUCACGGUCUAUCAGUGGUGAUGACAGCACCUGCAGUGUUCCGCUUCACGGGUCCCAGCGACCCGGCCAAGCAUUUAGAGGCUGCAGGCAUCCUUGGCGCCGACGUCUCCAACGCGAAGCAAGCCGACGCCGGCAAAGUACUAGCCGACACGAUACUUAAGUACAUGGAUACUAUGAAGAUUGAGAACGGCCUUAGUACACUCGGUUACACUAGAGAGGAUAUCCCUGAAUUAGUCAAAGGAGCAUUGCCACAGAAACGUUUGUUGAGUAUGACGCCGCUACCGCAGACGGAAGAGGAUUUGUCCAAGUUGUUAGAAGACUCGCUCACUAUUUACUAAGCUCUAGUCUCCGACCACAACGGUUUGUGAAUAUUAUGUAAUGUAAAUAAGAUUCUGGGUACAUCUACUUGGUGCUGGAUAUUUUAAAAGUGGAACUGACUGCAUAAUGUGGUCUCUGGUCUCUUGUUAUAAUAAACAUUAGUUUUUUUAUAGGUACCUUUUAUUUAUUAAGUAUACAUUGUUCUAUUUUAUUGUAUAAUAAAAAGUAAUAAACAUUCACAGAAUA